AUGAUGGCUUGGAAGCUGGAUGGAAAGGUUGCGAUUGUGACUGGGUGCGCAUCGGGCAUUGGCUUGACAACGGCAAAGCUCUACCUUGAGGCGGGCGCAACGGUCUUUGGCAUCGAUGUCUCGCCAUUUCCUGAACCAUCUCCUUUCUCUACAGCUCUAUCGGAGAAGUUUUAUUUCCACAAGGCGGAUCUGACAGCUCCCGAAGCCUGCGAUGAUUCGGUGGCUGCGUGUCUGUCAAAGACGGGGAAAAAUGUUGAUAUCCUGGCAAAUGUUGCAGGCAUUAUGGAUAGCUUUGAAGCUGUUCACAAAACCAAGGACACGACAUGGGAUAGAUUGAUGAGCGUCAAUGCCACAGUGCCGAUGAAGCUGAUGCGAGCAGUCUUGAACCAAGGAGGGAUGCUGGAGCAGAGAUCAGGCCGAAUCGUUAAUGUCGCCAGCAAGGCUGGCCUGAGUGGAGCCGCAGCAGGGUUUGCUUAUACAGCUAGCAAACACGCCCUGAUUGGUAUGACCAAACACGCAGCCUGGCGAUACCAUCACGAUGGAAUCCGAACGAAUGCAGUGUGUCCGGGAGGAGUUCCUACUAAUAUCAAAGAUUCCAUCCGGAAAGAGAACUUGGACCAAGAAUCCUUGAGUAUCAUGACGCCAUUCCAUCAGUUGAAUCACGCCCGCGACGGAAGUCAGAGUAUCUCCACAGAUGACAUUGCGAAUAUGAUCCUUUUCCUUUCGGUCGAAGCAUCCCGAAAUGUCAACGGGGUCAUAGUCCCCGUGGAUAAUGCGUGGAGCGCCUGCUGA